GCGGUGCUGCCUCUUGCGGCCGGCGGCGUCUCUGCACAGACCGCAACGCCCUCACCGGCGUUGAGAGAGAGCCAGAGCCGCGCCCUCCCGAGCGGGGGCGCCGUCGGGGGUAGGGAGCUCCGUUGGACCCUGCAGCAGUGACAGUGACCUCUGCCAUAGCUUCGGGCAGCAGAUGGACUGCAAGGGGCCUCGUCCAGCCCCCUGCUCGAGGCUGGAUCACGGAGUCGUAGAGAAGCGGGGCCAGAAGGCGCCUCCGGAGAUCAUCCCGCUGCCUGAGGCAGGGCCGUGUCCAGCUAAACCCUCCGGUAUAACGCACAGCCUAAUCUCUUCCUAAUACUACCGUCAGCCCUGACGCAACACAAGGCCGAGCACCCUAACCUGCUGCAGUGCUUCAAGCUGACAGAAUUGAGCAAAGAAGUGAAAAUACAGAAUCUUUUGAAUGCAGAACUUACAGCAGCAUUUCCUCAUAAAGAUAAAAUUAAUGCUCUUCAGAGAAGUUGCUUAAAUAAUAGCUAAUAAACAUUUGAAAUACUACCACCAAGAAAAUAAUUUUAUCUCCUGUUGCUAUGUUUGAUUUAUGUGGCAACAGGCCACUUCUUCUGAAAUGCAGCUGAAGAAAAUGAGGGAAAUUUUGCCAAAAUUAUAUGCCAGCCCUGUUAAUGACAAAAGCAAUUCCUUGACUACAUCCCUGAAGAAAGUUACCGAGGAUAAAACAAAUCCUCCAAAAAGGAAUGAAGGCCAAAAUUGUUACCAAGGGACUGAAGCAGAAGAUGAUAAACUGACAUUGGUAGGUUGUAUAAAAUGCAGAAGUGUGCAAAAAUUUUCAGUGCAUGGAUUGCAAAAGUGUGACAAGCUUAAGAGGACUGAAGACAGAAAUUUUAUCUGUAACAAGUGCAGUCCACCAACUUUCAAUUUGGUAUCUGAUAAUGUCAGUGCCACAGACUUAAAAAAGCAAGGUAAACCAUCUUCAAGUAAAAUCCAAAAAACGUUUAAAGUAAAAAACUUUCAGCCAGGUAAAUAUUACUGUGAUAAAUGUCGAUUUUCAACAAAGGAUCCUUUGCAGUAUAAAAAGCACGUAGCUCAACAUGAGGAGAUUAAGUUUCUUUGUUCCCACUGUAAUUAUGUAUCCUACACUAAAGGAGAAUUCCAGCGGCACCUGGUAAAACACACUGGAAUUUUUCCAUAUCAAUGUGAAUACUGUGAAUAUGGUGCCAUUCGACAUGAUUAUAUAGUAAAACAUACCAGAAGAGUACAUGAAAAAAUCACUAGGAGUCGACUAACAAAUAUGGCUGUAAAGCGUGAGCAAAAGAGGUCUUGCUUGCCAAAGCAAGGCACUUUACCUAUAAAGCAGAGAUGUGAUAAAAAAGUACUUCUUCCAAAUGAGUUUUCAAAUUUGUCAUCAAGUGCAGCUUGUGGUAAGAUUCGCACAGAAUUGGCCAAAACAGUUAGUUUGUCUGAUGAUAUAAAAUGUAACAUAGAUACAGCAUCAGUCCAAGAUAAAAGCUUAUUGGGGCCAGCUGAAGUGAACAUAUAUGAGAAUCCGAAUGUGGAAGUUGAAGUUUAUUCUCCAAAAAAGAAGCCUGUACAACCUGGAAUGCCAUUAACAGUAAUUGCACCUUCAGAACUGGUUGUUCCUUCAAAUUGUUUAGCUCAGUUACUAGAGAUGAAAAUAGUGAAUGGCACGCAGCAGUUGGUUCUUAAACUUAUCCCUCUGGAAGAAACAACUAAUAAAUCUAUGAACUGUGAUGAAGAGGAACUUGUGAACCAAGAUCUAGAACAAAUAUCCAAAGGAAAUAAAAAUAUGUCAGUGGCUGAAAACAAAUUAUUGACUACAGAAGCAAAUGAAGACAGAUUAGAUCAUGUUGCUAAUCUGCUUGCUUCAGAUAAAUGCAACAAGAAUUCUGAACGUCUUAAUCUGUCUAAUUCUCAUGUUUUAGAUUGCAACUCAAAUAUGCGUAGGGAAGGCAAAUUAAGGCUAACUUGUGAUAUGGUGAAAGAUUCGGGGAAAGGUGCUGAAUUUAAAACAGGUAUCCCAAAACUUUCUAUUCAAUCCCUGGUAACUAAUAAUAGUGAAAGCAGCUGCCCCAGAUCUUCAAAUAAGUUAACUGAUGAAAAAUGUGUGUUAAGUCAUGAUUUGCACUGUUAUGAGAGCCUGAAUACGUCUAUAGGUCUACAUGCUGCUGCUUCUGAAGAUAAAACAACCCAGAAUGUUUUGUUACAGGCUUCUCGGGAGAAGAGAAAUUCCUCAUGCCUUGUCCUUGGAGAAAAGAACAUGUUGCCUUUAAAUAGCAAUGAUAAAAAAUGUAGGACUCAGUUCUCCAGCUCUCCAGAAAUAUGUCUGUUCAAUGACAACAAUUUUGUUAAAGAGCCUCUUACAUCUUCUGAAGCAGGGAAAAAAUCACCCAUGGGUAAAACUGUAUCAUUGGAGGAUUUAAAUGUUGGCUUAAGUAGUGUAAAAAGAGUCGAUUCUAAAGGUCAAAUGAACAAUCUCCUUUUGGAAUCUUUAGAAUUACAGAAAGUUGAAAAUGAAGAUAGCUGUUUAGAGGGUCCUGUUAUUUCAUCUGUAUUUUCACUUAGCUCUGGUGCUGAAAACAUCCCAGAGGGCAUCAGAUGGGACAGGAAUUCACGGAAUAAAAAGUCAACAGCUUUGUUAUGUAGAAAGAUUGCUCAGUUGAUGUCUGCUGCUGAAUCCCACGUGAAAUCUACGUUGGCUGCUUCACCUAGGCCUGUUAGAUGUCAUGCUUCCAAUGACAAGAUGCCUUUGCCUCAGGAAACUUCAGCAAACUGUGAAAAAAAUGUCCCCACUACUGAAUUGGAACAAUCUUCAUCUUCACUUCAAGCAUUAUCGAAGGGUGAGAUUAAUAAUGAAGAGUGUAAUAUAGAACAGCCACUGACAACUACAAAAACUCCUAAAAGUAGGGUUACUAAAAACUCGCAUGUUGCUACCCCAGUGUUUAUUCCAAAAGGGACAGUUCUUAGAGUGCUGAAUACCACCAGCAGCAAGAGCCCUAAAGAAGUAGAAAAUAAAGAUAAAACAUCACCUCCUUCUAUAUACUGCAAAGAAAUGUUCUUACCAAGGCCGGUUCCUUUCAGCAUUUCAGAGAAACUAAGCAGAAAUCCACCUACUUUGGCAAAAGAGAAUGAACUUAAAGAACAGUCCAGAAAUAUAACACUUAGAUCAAAAAGAGAGGUGCAGACAAAAACUAGUAGCAAACAAAAUUGUAUGUUGUUGCAUCAAAAGAAUAAUAACCUAAUCAAGCAGAGCAAACCUAAUUCAAAGAGUCAACUUGCACCAAAAAAUAAGGUAAAACAAGCGGGUUCCAGGGAUUAUAUUUCUAAGAAGAAAACAAGAAUCCCAUCAGAAACCAGUUACAGUUCUGAGAUGACCCCUCUUUUGACAGCAAGACGUCUAAGGCUUGUACCUCUUAGAGUGGAUCAGUUGAUAAAAUGUCCUCGUCGUAACCAGCCUGUAGUUGUGUUAAACCAUCCUGAUGUUGAUUCACUAGAGGUAAUUAAUGUAAUGAAGACCAUCAACAAGUAUAAAGGCCAUGUUCUGAAAGUAGUUUUGUCAGAAAGAACAAGUAGUUGUCUUGGAGUGAAACGACAUCAUAGGCGGCUUACACUUCAGGAUGUUGAAACGUUAAGCCAAGUGAAAAAGCCUAACAUGUUAAAAAUGAAGCUAAAGAAGACCCAUAAAAACAACUACCAAGUAGUGGAAACUUCACCAGCUGAAACACUGAAGUGUAUGUUUAAGUGUUGGUUUUGUGGAAGAAUAUAUGUCGACCAGGAAGAAUGGAUGUGUCAUGGACAGAGGCACUUAAUAGAAGCUACUAAAGGUUGGGAUGUUCUUUCUCUUCCACUAAAAAGCCACAAGUGAGAAACUGGCUAUUAUUUCUCUUAGUUUAACAUGAGUGCUAUUAAUUUGUUAGGAAAAAAAUGCAGAAUUAAAUAAUUUAUUUUAGCAAAAGCUUUUUAUUUUUGGCCAGAUGGGGAAUGAGAAUAGAGAUUAUAAACAGCAUGCGAAGCCAGUGGCAAGUAUUCAGCACUACAGAACAUUCUUUUGCUUCAAGAGGCCCUCUUCUAGCUUUUUGAGAGCAUUUCCUUUAAAAUGAUAUACUACGCAAGCAUCUUUCCAGUGACCAUUUGCUGCACUAUAAUGCUAGAUUUGCGUUAGGUCACUGUGGGUUAAAAUCUCAAAUUAUGUGACAUAUGUCAAAUUGAUUUAAUCAGUCAGUAACAGGAGGUCGUCUCGGUGCUGAUCUCUGUUACCCGCCCACCUGUUCCUGGGCCAACCGCCCGUGUUCUCGCCUGCCAUGCCUUGAUGUUAAUUGAUUAAUAGGGAUGUUAAUUCGGUGGGAGGCUGCCCAUUCUCUGGCAGGUGCUAGAUGCCGGGGGUGCUAUCUGCGGCUCCUUUUCCUUCCCUGCACCACAGCUCAAGCCUCGCAUGUGGUAUCUAGGUGUUCUUAUCAUCACCGGCCCCACACUGGGCCCCAGAAUCCUAUCAGGACCCCUCCAAGAUCCCUCCAUUCAGGCAGCUACCCCGCUUUCAUUUGGCUAUCUAGCUCCCUGAAACCAUU